AUGGCAUCUGCUGAUCUGAGAAGUGAGCCAAUCUGCUCCAUCUGUCUGAUGGUUUAUAGAGAUCCCGCAACUCUGAGAUGUGGACACAACUUCUGCCGGGUGUGCAUUGACGAUGUGCUGGACACACAGGAGGCAUCUGGAGUUUAUACCUGCCCAGAGUGCAGAGAAGAGUUUUAUGAAGGUCAAGACUCCAUAAAGUAUACAACUCUACCCAACAUAUCAGAGGGGCCUCUGUCUGUAAACCCAGACCAGGAGAACACUGUGUCCUUCUGCACCUACUGCAUUCAUUCCUCCAUACCUGCUGUUAAGUUGUGUCUGCUCUGUGAAUCUUUUCUGUGUGAUGGACACUUGAGAGUCCACAGCAAGUCAGCAGAACAUGUUCUAACAGAUAUCAGCGCUUGUCUAGACAACAGAAAAUGUCCCUUCCAUAAUGAAAUGCUGAGGUACGUCUGCUGUGAAGACUCCACUUGCAUUUGUGUGUCCUGUUUAGCCUUUGGAGAUCACAGAGGACAUCAGGUAGCGUUGCUUGAUGACGCCUUCGAGAAGAAGAAGGAGAAACUGAGAACUGUUCUGGAGAUACUGACCUCAAAGACAGAAGAAGAUGAAAAAGUAAUCGAGUCUCUGCAGAAACUCAGGAGUGAGGUACCGGAAAAAGCAUCCGGUGUAACAGAGAGAGUCACUUGCCUGUUUGUAGACAUCAGGAGACAGUUGGAAGAUCUAGAGAAAAGAGUCCUAGGUGAGAUCUCCAGGCAGGAAGAGAAGAUCUCAUUGUCCAUCUCAGAUCUGAUCCAGAGGCUGGAAGUAAAGAAGGAUGCCCUGGCUAGGAAGCUGCAUCACAUUGAGGAGCUGUGUAACACCACUGAUCCAAUGACUCUUCUACAAGACAAAGAAUCGGAGAGCGAGGACUUUGGAGCUGCUGAGAGAAACGAUAAUGUGGACACAGAGGAUGAAAAUGAUAAACUCCAUGAAAUUGGGGAACUAGAUGAGGGUCUGAUUUCAGAGACAUUAUACACUGGUAUAGUAGAUAUUAUAACCUAUGUAAAAAACUUCUGUCCCUUGGGUAAUGAUUCCACCGUACUUCUUGACAUAAACACUGCCGGUGCCAAAAUAAUCGUAUCCGAGGACCUUAAAACCGCAACUUGGUCUGCAGUCAACCAGAACCGCUCGGAGACACCGGCGAGGUUUCAGUAUAAUCAGGUUCUGACCACCAGGAAUUUCUCAUCGGGUCAGCACUCCUGGGAUGUGGAGACCAGCGAAUCAGGGAACUGGAGAUUAGGAAUGACAUACUCCAGCAUGGAGCGGAGAGGGCAGCGGUCAGUCAUCGGAGACAACAAUAAAUCCUGGUGCCUACGUCGGUGUAAUAAUCAAUGUUCGGUGAUUCACGACAGCAAAGACAUUGUUUUAUCUGACAAGUUUUCCUCUCAGAGGUUCCGCAUCUAUCUGGAUUACCCAGGGGGUUGCUUGUCUUUCUAUGAGCUAUGUGAGCCAGUUAGACACCUACACACCUUCAAUGCCACCUUUAACGAGCCCCUCCAUCUUGCAUUCUUAUUAAGUAAUGCCUGGGUGAGAAUAAGUUCAAGAAACUUUUGGACGAUUUCCUAA